AUGUCUCCUCCUAGACCGUACUUCCCCGAUGACCCCCUCUUCCCCUCGGACGGCGUCUUCCACCCGGAAGGCUCCGUCCCCCUCUACGAGUGGGAAGUCGCGCACAAGAUCCGCGACCCGCCGGGCGCCAAAGCCAUCGAGGACAUGACGGAAGAAGAACAAAUCCAACACGCCAUCAACCUCUCCCUAGCGGAAGAAGGAGAAGAGGACCGCGAGCUCCCCGGCCCUCCGACUCCCCGCCUCCGCCCCAGCUCCAGCUCCAGCUCCAGCCCCAGCCCCAUCCCCAGCCCCGGGCCCUUCGCCACCACCGCCCUCGCCGCCGCCGACGCCCUCGCCGCCGCCGCCAACGACGACGACGACAACGACGACGACAACGACGACGCCACGAUCCCCGUCGUGGAGGACAGCCAGUUCCUCCCGAUCCACCAGCUGUUCGGCGCCGUCCACCACCAGGGCGGCGCCGCGCUGUCCAUCGACAGCGCCUUCGACGCCUUCGUCGGCUUCCUGGCCUGGGCCUACCCCGGCGCGCAGUUCGACGACUUCGCCGCCCGCCGCCUGCUGUCCGCCGAGCAGCAGCAGCAGCGAGCCGCCGAGAGGGAGGCCUGGGCCAGGUCGCAGAGGGAGGCGGAGGAGGAGAAGGCGGGAGAGGAGGAGGAGGAGGAAGAGGAGUGGAGGGGAGACGUCUCCGUCUCCGUCUCCGCCUUCCCGAACGACAACCCUGCGGGACAGCAGCAGUCUCUUGCUGCGGUCCUCGGCUCCGGUGGGCAGCAGCCGCCCGUCCCCUUCGUGUCGCUGGGAGACGUCGAGGGUCCGGCAGGGGGGGCGCUGGCGCCUUCUUUGUCGGAGCUGGAGUCUGAGGGCGGGCAGGAGCCCGUGGGUGUUGUUGGGGAGGGAGGCGAGACGGAGACGGAGGAAGAGGAAGAGGAGGACGAGGACGAGGAGGAGAAGGAUGAGGAGGAGGAUGACGACGACGACGACGAUGACGACGAUGACGACGAUGACGACGAAGACGAUGAUGAUGAGGAGGGGGAUGGUGCGGCCUUGCCCGCCAACCAGGGUCCGGCGGUUACGGCCGCCAACACCACCACUCCCGUCUUUGCUGGCGCUGCCGUGCGCCCGCCCAUCAGAAGGUGCGCGUGGAUCCACGAGGAGAUCCAGGCCGCCGGCAGGGCCAUGGAGUGGGUGUUGUCGGUCGACCCCGGCACGUGGACCGUCGACGACCGCUACGACAGGUGCGCGGAGCGCAUGGAGGCGGAGUCGGGGUUCCGCCGGACCCAGCGGGCGGUCCGCUCGGCGUACAACCGCCUGGUUCGCAACCAGACGGGCGUCGACGAGCGGAAGACGCCCAAGCCGCACCGGCUGCAGACGUCGGUGCAGAAGACCGGGGCGCGUUCUGCCGCCGUCUGGAAGUCUGCAGCCGCUGCGGCUGAGGCGGGCAAGGCCGCUGACAAGGCCUUGAAGGAGGAGAGGAAGAGGAAGAGGGAAGAGGAGAAGGAGGAGAGGAGGGAGGAGAGGGAGGCGAAGAGGAGGAGGAAAGGGGAGGAAGAGGAGGACAAGGGGAAGGGGAAGCGUCGCCGGGUGGAGGAGGACGAGGAGGACGAGGUCGUUGCGGAGGCCCCUCGUCGCAUCAAGAGGGUGCGCUUCGCACCUCGUCCCUCCGAGUCACCGAAGCCCGGUGACGAGGAAGAGGAGGAAGCGGUGGAGGUGCCGGCCGCGGCGGGUGCGGCUGGUGAGGGUUCUGCUUCCGCAGGGCCCAAUAUCCAGGCUGCCCUGGUGGCCGCGGACGAGGCUCUGGCGCGCCGCCUCCAAGAGGAGGAGGGCGUCGGCAGCCGUUCGCGCCGCACUCGUCGCGGUUAG